AUGUAUGCCAAUAAACGACGACAACGAAAUUUUAAACGUAUACGUGAAGGAAUAAAACCUGGACUUGCUACUAAUCCAAGCAAACGACAUCGCGAAAGACUGAAUAGUGAAUUGGAAAUUGUUGCUGCAUUAUUACCGUACGAGCAAAAUGUUAUUUCAAGGUUAGACAAACUUAGUGUAUUACGAUUAGCUGUGAGUUACCUGCAAAUUAAAACACAUUUUCAAGCAUGCUUACAUCGAUAUAUUUCAAAUUUUCCAUUUGCUUUCGCGCAUAGUUACCCAUUUAUUCCAACCAGUGAUGCGACAAUUUCAUACGGUGGCGGUAUCCCAACAGCUAUUCAUCAUUGCUCAGGACAAUCUUUGAUCGAUCCAAAUGAGUAUGAUUUCGAAAGUAUGGCUCUAAAGGCACUUGGUGGUUUUAUUUUGAUAUUGAAUGAGAAUGGUGAUAUUUAUUAUGUAUCAGAAAAUAUUGAAACUUAUCUCGGCUUUCAUCAAUCAGAUAUCCUUCAUCAAUCUUUAUUUGAAAUGAUACAUUCGGAAGAUCGGGAAGAUAUCAGAUUGCAAUUAGCCUGGAAUUACAAUGUUCCACUUCAUAUGACCUGUUUACAGGAUAUUCUUACACCCAAUGGUAUGCCUUAUUUAGAACGAAAUGUUAAUGCUCGAUUUCGUUGUUUAUUGGAUAACACUUGCGGAUUUCUCAGGAUAGAUGUACGUGGAAAGCUAAUGAGUCUUCAUGGUUUGCCGAAUUCUUACGUAUUGAACAGGAUAGAAAAUCAUUCUUCCGGUAAUAUGGUUCUUGGCUUAGUUGCCGUUUGCAGUCCGUUUGUUCCGCCAAAUGUUGCCGAUCAGCAACAAAUGGAUGAUCCAAUCUUGAAAACGAAGCAUUCGCUUGAUUUUACGCUUGUUUCAACUGAUAAUCAAAUGAAAGCAUUGUUAGAAUUGGAUGACAAAAAUUUGCCAUAUAGCUUUUAUAAUUUAGUUCAUGUUGACGAUGCAACAUGUAUUGCUGAAGCACAUAAAGAAGUAACAAAAAAUAGUGCAAGUGGCAUAUUAAUUUAUCGUUUAAUAAGUAUACGUAGUCAACGUGUAUACUGGAUUCAAAGCAGUUGCCGAAUGUUUUAUAAAAAUGGUAAACCUGAAACAAUUGGUUUAACACAUCGACUUUUAACUGAAGUUGAAGGGAUGAUGCUAUUUGAAAAGCGCACAUCUUUAAGAGCUAAAUUAUUAUCCUUUGAUGAUUCUCUGCUGCAGUCACCCAGCAAUCUGCAGUCCACUGCAGCAUUACCAUCAACCUCCUGUGGAGAUGUCACAUCAUUAUCGCUUUGUAUGAUUGGUUCAGAGAAGAAUCGUUGUUCCACUUCAAAACGACAGAAUGCACAAUUUGCUGCAAUGCCAACAAGAUCGAAACAGUCGUUAUCAAUACCAGUAAACCGGAAUAUACCAACACAAGUAUCGGUGAGAGCAGCGGAAGUUCAGCAGGAGCAACAUUUAUCAAUACGUGGACGUAAACGAAAGAAACAAACCAGUAGCAUUAGUGCUAAUCAGUCAUCCACCUUAUCAGUACCUCAGUAUUCAACCUUCAUGAUGCCAACUACAAAUAAUAAUUUGAAAGAGACACAGAUGGAAAAUGAAAGACAGCAACAAAUUGUAGUUGCUACUACAGCAGCUGCCACUCAAAAUGAAAACUUUGCCACUACUGCUACAGUUAUCUGCGGUGUAUCGGGAAUCAACAACCCAUCGAUGAUUCCAGGAUUGCUUCAAUUACCUCAGGAUUUAACCAGCUUUCCGGGAUUAACAGCAUAUUUUUCAUCGGAUAAUACUACCGGUACAACGCGACAUGAACAAAGUUAUCACUGGUCAUCGGCAACAAAAUCAAACUAUUGGCCAUCAUCAUCGUCCUCUGAUUUGUACUACCAAAAUUAUAUGACUAAUAAUGCCGCAAUUUCCAAUGGAUUUUAUCAAUCACAAAUGGAACAAAAUAAUUUGAUAGCUGCAAGGAAUCGUAUGGAAUAUCCAACAUUCUUUACUUCCAACGAUCUGACUUUUACAGGUUCCACUUAUACACCAACACCUGCUCAAUUGCUCUUAUCAUCAUCUGAAUUGUUGCAACCAUCAACUGCUGUACAAUCUACAAAUACAAAUUCAAUAUUCAGAUCGACUGUAUUUGAUACAUCGGGACAUUCAACGACAGAUACUUUUAGUGAGGCUAUCAGUGAUUACACUCAAUCAAUGCAAAUGAUAACGGGUGAUAACGGUGGAGAAGUGACAAAUUGUAGCAAUACAUCAGGUUCGACGGGUUUUAAUUUAAUCUCAGAAGUAACAAAUACACUCCUCGGAUAA